UGACAGACAAUUAAUUUACGUGCGCUGCAACAGGUACAGUCAAUUCCCCCUCUUUCCGCUUCAGUGGUCGCGCGCCAUCGCUCACACGUCGGCCCCAGUCACUUCUCCAACCCUCCGCACCGUCACGACCAGGCCCCCGUUGGGCCAUCCCUUCCACUUUACGAUUCAAAAUGUCUCUCGUCAACCUCUCUCACGUCUGCUCGCACCUAAACAAUGCCUGCAAGGCUCGUCUCGGACUCACGUCCAUCCCCAAUUCCAAGUUACACCUGAAACUCUGCCUCGCGCUCCAAAACGACGGCCUCAUCUCCUCCGUCGUCCGCGGAGGUCCGACACCUCCCCCCGUGCACCCCAUACUUGGCACCCCGAACGCAGUCGACGAAGUGGAAAACAUCGAACCCCUGACUCAGAGCAACAUCGCCACACGACGACUCUGGCUCGGCCUGAAGUACUGGCAGAGCGAGCCUGUUCUCGGCAAGCUGUCCAUGGUCAGCAAGCCUACGAGACGGGUGACCAUCGACGUGGCAGGCCUUCGUCGUGUGAUCCGUGGCGAGCGGAGUGAGACCGUCGAGGGUAUCCGGUCGCCUGGUGAGGUUCUGUACCUUUCCACAGAUAAGGGUAUCCUGGAAGCCAGGGAAUGCGUGGAGAAGAAGCUGGGUGGCCUGGUCCUUUGCCGCAUUCGCUAAGGGACUCGGCGAGGACGGUUGCUUUAAUCUGAGUUUUGCAUUUAUAGCGGAGUUUGGUCAGUCGCUGUGUCUCAUCCCAUGCUUUGUAUGUUUCAUGUUGCGACUUUGGGAUGGAUACCUUGUAUAGUAACAUAGGUGACUUCAUGUACUAUUUUCCAAUUUUGAAG